AGAGGGCUGCCAGUGGUUCCCAUAACAUCACCCACACACAGCUGGAGAAGCAACACGACAACAAAAUGAGAAUCACACUAAUUCCCUUAUUGUUGGUCGUGGCUGCUGCCUGUGUCCCUGCCCUGUGUGGCAAAGAGGAGCAGCCGGUCCUCCAGCUCGAAGCCCCAGUUGAAACCCGUUCCCGCUUUGCUGCUCUCGAUGAUGUGCGUCUCCUGGCAAAUGGCCUCCUCCAGCUUGGCCAGAGCCUGCGGGAGUUUGUGCAGAAGACCAAGGGACAGAUAAACGACAUCGUCCAUAAGCUAAACAUCUUUGACCACUCGUUUUACCAGCUCUCGGUGCUUGCCAGUGAAAUUAAAGAGGAAGAAGAGGAGCUCAAGAAAACCACUGUGGUACUGAGGGCCAACAACGAAGAGAUCAAAGGCCUGUCUGUUGAGAUCAGCUCCAAAGUGGACAGCAUCUUGCAGGAGAAGAGUCGGCUGCAGAACAAGGUGGAAGGGCUGGAGGAGAAGCUGAGCAGCAUGUCACAUGGCCUGGUGACGAUUGAUCAAGUGGCAGAGAUCGGUGGCCUCAAGGAAGUGAUCCACAGCCAGGAGCGGAGCAUUACAGCGCUGCUCAAUGCUGUGAGAGAGCAGACUGACCAGCUGAACCACCAGAGGGUUAAGAUCAACAUUCUGGAGGAAAAGUUCACAGUCAACACAUUGACACAGGAGACCAUUGAGAGGAUGCCUGACAUCUUCAACAGUGAAGCACCAACACUCAGCCCUUAUCUGACCUCGAGCUCGACCAACACCGCCAGCAUGACGAAUCUGCCAACAGACUGCAGUGACCUUUUCAAGAGAGGGGAGCGAGUCAGUGGCGUCUACGCCAUCCGACCCACCGGAACGGAGCCCUUCAUGGCUUUUUGUGACAUGAGCAAAGAUCAUGGAGCAACAGUCAUCCAGCGAAGGAGGGAUGGUUCAGUGAAUUUUGAUCAAAACUGGGAGAAAUAUGAAAAUGGUUUUGGAGAUUUUCAUGGGGAGUUUUGGCUGGGCCUCAGGAGCAUCCACUCUCUAGCCACUCAGGGCAACUCUGUCCUUCACAUCCAGCUGGAAGACUGGAAACAGAACAGGCGCUUUACUGAAUACAGAUUCAACCUUAAUGGUCCUGAGAGCAACUACACCAUUCACCUCACGCAUCUGUUUGGAGAUUUGCUGGACCCCAUGAGCAACCACACAGGCAUGAUGUUCUCCACCAAGGACAGGGACAAUGACAACCACCAGGAAUCCAACUGUGCCCACUACUACACAGGUGGAUGGUGGUUCAACGCCUGCGGAGACACCAACCUGAAUGGGAGAUAUUUCCACAUGAGACCUAAGUGGCGUUCAGAUCGUAGGAGAGGGAUUCAGUGGAAGUCGGUCCAAAAGGCAUCUUACUCCCUCAAGCUUACCCAAAUCUCUGUACACCCCGUGGCUUCCCCCAAUACCACCCCCUCCACUUCAGCCUCCUAUGAAACAGGUGUCUUUCUGUGAUCCAGCACCAGCAUUCUCCGUCAAAAUACUGCAUCAUCCGGAGAGUCGUGGGUCAUGUGGGCGGCCAUGGUUUAAGACGGUUUGGACAGAGACGAUGAUGCUGUGUCAAUUUGUGUCAAUUUCCAGUAGAUUCGGUCACAGAGGACACGAAACAAGCUUCACAAUUCUGAGUGCUGUGAGAGAGCCAAAAUAAUGCAUUACCUGAACUAUGACAGUCUCUAAUGUAAUAGAACACCUGUAUUGUGAAAUCUGAAAAAGAGUUAGCAGUUAGCAUGCAAUAUAUCUUCACUCACUGUAUCUCAGAGGUCAACAGUUAUAAAGAGAAAUUUAAAUAUACAGCCAUAUGUGAGCAGUUUUUAUAUUGAGUCACAUUGACUCUCAAUAUACAGCAGUGGUUUCCAACAUGGCGGAGGCCCUUGAAGGGGUCGCAAGAUACAUCUCAGGAGUCGGGAGAGAAUUAACGGUAUACGAAGAUCUACAAAACGCUGUGCUACACAACAAUCUGGUUAAAUACUGUCCAGAUCUCCCCUGUCAUCUUAAAAUUCUUUAAAUGUGCCAAGGAUUGCAUCUAAUGGUUAUUUUCUUCAUAAAUCGAUAAAAGAAUUUAUGAAGAAUUAGAAAGCCAGUAAUGAAUCACCUUCGACAGGCUAGAGAGGUAAGGAACUGUUGGCAUCAAUAGUCAAUAAGAAAAUGACUAAAAUAAAUAUUUGAUUAUCAGAAAAAUUUAUAUUUGAUUAUCAGAAUAAUUAAUUAAACAAUUUUCCGUCAGAUUAAUCAAUUAAUUGUUUCGCUUCAAUGAAAUAAUGUGAACAUCUUCUCUGGAACCGACGACACUGACAUCUGUAAUCAAUGAGAAGUCAUCCCAAUCAGACAUUGUUUCAAUCUGAGGCAUUUUUAAGGCAAAAAAGGUUGGGAGUCAUAGUUAGAUAAUAAUUUGGAAACUCUAUUCUUGAUCCAUGUUUGAUAUUUUAUCAAUUUGAAUCGACAAAGGUGGUGGUGACCUAAUAUAAUGCUAGCGUUCAUUAAAGUCUGCAGAAGUUUCUUACAUGAUUUCUAUAAUGUUCUGUUUGUCAUUAUGGGCUGAUGAUUGAUGGGGCUUCUGGCAUUGCACUGGCACAGAUUGGUCUUUUUGAGAUUUGGCCCAACUAAAAACACCAACUUUAUGUUGAUGCCAAACAAUUUUAAAUGGAUCACUGAUCCAUAUUUGUGCUAUUGGGACAUACUAAAACUAUGAGAAUAUUGCACUGGGAGGUCUGGGAACACUUUCGUGCUGUUUUGUUGGAACCCAUAACAAACUCUAGAGGGCAGUGUUGUUCUGUCUCAUUCAGAUCCCCUCACCCUGAUUUGAUUGUGCUGCCUGUAUAAUUAGAUUUAGACAAAUUAUGUUUGUUUUUUAAACAGAUACUUUAUAAAAACUACAUCUAGAUUCAG